CUCUCUCAUCUUUGUAUCAACCAUUUCUCAUUCUUUUCUUCUAUCUUCUUCUUCUUCUUCUCCUUUUUUGUACGCAAACCCAUCACAACGUUUGGGUUUGUGUACCCACACAACAUAUUAUUAUUGCAUAUAUACCUUGAAAACCAUUUCUUCUCCUAACCGUGAAAAUGUUCGGUUUUCGAAAACCACCACCACCAAAUACUACAUCCGCCGGUUCAGAAACCGAACCGGAUAAGAACACAACCCUAACUCCAGCUAGAAGAACUUCUUCAGAACCCGUCCUAGUGCCUAAGUCAAAAGGAAACUACUUCGACGAAGAUGACGACGACGAUUGGGGAAGAAAGCCUACCUCAACCGCGACGUCGGCCGCUUCAAAAGCCAAGUACAAAACCGGUUUUAAGGAUUCUGGAGGGCUAGAGAAUCAAAGUGUUCAGGAGCUUGAAAAUUAUGCAGUGUACAAAUCUGAGGAGACAACAAAUAGUGUUAAUAAUUGCUUGAGGAUUGCGGAGGAUAUUAGAAGUGAUGCUACGAGGACUCUUGACAUGUUGCACCAACAAGGUGAUCAGAUUACAAGGACUCACAAUAUGGUUGUUGAUACUGAGAAGGAUUUAAGUAAGGGUGAAAAACUUCUAAACAAUCUUGGGGGCAUGUUCUCUAUGCCAUGGAAACCAAAGAAGGGCAAGACAAUCACAGGCCCCGUAAUUACAUCAGAAAAUCCAUCGAAAAAGAAUGUAAAAAAUAAGGAAGAUAGAGAAAAGUUGGGAUUAGCUCCUUUGCCUAAGGGACGUUCUGCACCAACCACACCUCCUAAUGAAUCAGCCAAUGCCUAUCAGAAAGUUGAUCAUGAAAAAGCCAAACAAGAUGAUGCACUCUCUGAUCUCAGUGAUAUCUUGGGCGAUUUGAAGGGCAUGGCCGUUACUAUGGGAACUGAGUUAGAUAGCCAAAACAAAGCACUUGAUUAUCUUAGUGACGAUGUUGAUGAACUAAACUCUCGAGUAAAAGGUGCAAAUCAGCGUGCACGCAAAUUAGUAGGGAAAUGAGACAGGUGAUAGGCUGAAAGGGUUGUUCUUUUGAAUUUGUUUAAAUAUUUUUCUUUCUUUGUUAUGGUGGUUUAACUUAUAGGUUGUGAUUUUCAUUUGUUUUCUGAAUUUUUCACUUCCCUAUUUUGCUAAGAGCACUUAACAAAUGCUUUAGAACUAUUUUUAGACUACGAGUAAAAGAAGAUGGAUUUUAAGAGCAAA